ACCCCCCCCCCCUGACUUUAAACCUGGAUCCGCCCCUGGCUCAAAUGGCAGUAAAACGAGUCAAACACAGUGUGCAACCUUUUGAAAAAAAAAUGUUUGAGAAGUUAAUAUUCGUUGAAAAAGUUGGCAUUUAUGAAGAUUUUAAACGAUUUUCCAAGCAAAAUAUUCUCAGUCACAAAUGUUCCAGUGCAUUUAAGGCCGAGUACCCGAAUUUUUGGAAGAUCAUAAAUUUUUGCCUACAGACGCCCUUUUUUUAAAUUGUGAUUUUGCUCUAACAGUUUUUCUUUGUGUGUACAUAAUAAAUAAAUUAAUAUUAAAUUGCAACUAAAUUUCUCGAAAGCAGAUCAUCUCUAAAUUCAAUCGAAUAAUUUUUGUUAAAAGCUUAGUUUAAAAUGCCUUUCUUUCAUCAAUCAGGCCAAUUAUAAUUCAAGUAUUUACAUAUUUGAUGUGAGACAGAGUAACAGAUUUUAUAUACAUACAUAUUUUGCGGUCAAUGACUUUAGACAUACUGCAAUAAAAACUGACCUCAAUCAAUAUUAAUCGAAGAUCAAAAAUUGGUAUCUACUGGCUGAUGACCUUUUAUCUCAAUCAAUAAAUUGAACCACUUAUUCGCUUCCACACUCCCAUACCAACCACUAUUACUUUAUUCCACUUAUUUCGUUUAGAGCAAAAUACAGCUAUUUGAUUAAUAGUUUGGCCAAAAUGUCGAAUCGGAAUGCAGUCUUGGCCAUUUUUUUACUUUCAACGCACUUUUCCAUAGAGAGUCCACGGCUUGCUGAGACUCCUUUAGAAGCAUUUCUUAAAAUGGCAGAGGCACAUAAUCUUAACAUAUCUUUGGUAACAUCGGACUUAAAAUACCGACAAUCAACUACACGGAUAAACGAAGCCAUUUCUGUCUCUUGGAGCUUAACGAACAAUAAAGUAAGAUGGAACUUUCGCACUGUUGCUGCUUUGGAGAGGGACAUACAAAAACAAUAUCUGGACAGCUGGGAGAAUACAGCCAGGAAAACCGGAUUUGGUGCAAAAACCCAGAUUAUCAAAGUUUGCGAUGGAAAAGGCACUGUGUUGAACUCUUCAGUCGUCAAUCCGAGUUAUGUUAUCAACUCUCCAGGGCACGUCUUUUUAACGAAGUUUCCGAAUGGGGCAUCAGAUGAGUCUCUUGGUGAUUAUACUGGUGCAGUAUGGUACAAUUUUGUGGUAGAAAAGCCGAGUGACGAUGUGAAGACGGUUCAAGUCAUAAGCAGCAAAGUGCAUGUAAAGGAACUGAGCGUUUCGGACCUCUUUCCCGAAAUUGAGCUGAUCGAAAUAAAAAGAGUUCUUCCAAAACUUUAUUUAGUCAUUGAUAAUGACGAAAUUCUAGCUACUUUGUUAACCGAUCAUUUAGAAAGGGAAUUUGACAAAUUCUUUCAAGUCGUCAUCGGCUUUCGAUCUUUUGCAGUGGGAACCAAGCCUUUUGCCAAUCUGGAAAUUGGCGAUACUAAAAUUUUAGUGUUCAGUUUAUAAACACAAUUUGUAGUUUAAGCAAGACGUCUUUUUGAGCUAAACCGAAAAAAUCUGUAAAAACAAAGUAAAGCAGCUUUAGUGUGUACACAUUGAGACUGAAAGUAAAGGUUGACCGGUUA